AUGGCCGCUUCAGCUGCCGACUUCUUGCAAAGCUUUGAGACGCAGACCGCCCAGCGCGCGGCGGUGGAACGUGAGACUCACACCGAGGUCUCGGAGCGGCUUCGCGAUCGGGAUCUGCUGGGCCUGAUGAGCAUCCAUUCAUCUGUAGGAUUCCCGUUCGAGGAAGACCCUCUGGGCAUUUUGCCCUUGGUGCCUGAGACCUUCAAUUCUUCCAGUGCUAGUUACAUCGAGAACCUUGGAGGUGAUGCUGCUUCCUGUGCUGAUCAGUGUCGGCAAUUUGGUUCCUCUGCAGAGGAAACCCUGACCAACCUGUUUCACAUGUGCAACGAGGACUCCUUGGCAGACUUGCGGGUCAAUCUCCGCCGGCAGCUUUCCCACGAAAGGGCGGCGGUCCAGAAAACCCAGACAGCCAUCGCCCGUGUGCAAAACAAGUCUCUUACAGAGGCGCUAGGUCAUUACUUGGGUGAGUGCAACCUUUCGUGGGUGAACGAGGACGAGAAGGGCGCCAAAUAUGACGAGAUGCAGAGUGAGCUGCAUGACAGUCAUGUCAAAUCGACCAGGGAGGCGGCUUUGCGCCUCUUGGAAAGCAGCACGCUUCCCUUCCCACAUGAUGCGAUCCAUGCCCAACAAAAAGAUGCAGAGUCUCUGCAGCAGAAGGCCGAUGGCCUCCCCUCGUGGCGCCGAGCUGUGACGGAGGCACGUGCCCGUCUGGCGGAGCAACAGGCGGACACCCGUGUCAAGCGGCAGCGAUGCGCCAGCCUUCGUCGCAUCAGCCGCCGUGAGGUAGCCGCCAAGCGGCAAGCGUUGGAGCAAGCGGAGAAGACCCGACAAAGGACAUGGCAGGAAUACUUAGAUGCUUACAUCCGGGAUGAAGCCGUGUUCAUGACGGAGGACAACUUGCAGAAGACGGAUGAGGCGGUCACCGAAGCGCUGUCGGCCGCCGACGCAGCCUUGCAGGAGGCGAAUCCCAAAUUUGCACGCUGCGAACAGGAGGCCGCCUCGUGCAUGCAUUUGGUUCACACCCGAAUCCAGGAGACCCAUGCUGGCUUGCUCGAUUAUUCCAAGCCUGCAGUGGAGGCAGCUUGGACGAACACGGCCUUUGCGAGAGAGCUGGGCAAAUGUGCGCUCGCUGCGAAGCAGAAAGAAGUCAAGCAUCUCUGUAAGGAGCAGCAGCAACGCCAAGAGGCGGCCGACGCCGAGAAGCAGCCCAAAUCGAAGGCAGAGCUCCUCGAGGAGGUGCAGCAGCUUGGGCGGCAGAUUGCCGAGAGACAGGAAGCGGCGCUUGAACUUGAAAGCUUGGUGGCGCGUGCUGAGGUUCAGUUUGAAACCUUCAGUGACUUGAACAGCGGGCUUGAUGCCGACGCCAUUCACAGAUUUGCCCAGGAAGAAGCAGCCGCCUGCUAUGGAGACUUUGAGCUCUUCGUCUCUGCCAACGCUGCCAGGGCCCCGCUGGCCAGUUCCGAGGCAAUUCAGCAGCAUUUGCCAAACCCCAUGGACAAGCUGCGACUUGAAAUGGAGGAGAAGUUCCAGAUUGAGAAGCAGCAGUUGCUCGCUGAAUUCCAGAUGGAACGGCAGCAUAUGAUGCAGCUCAUUAGAGAGGAGUUGAGGGCAGAGUGGCAACGUGAUUCUGAUGCAAGUUCGACCCACUCUUAUGAGCUGGUUGAGAGGUAG